GAGUCGCAGGACUCAGUGGGCGUCCGGGCUGUGGUGCAGUCUCUUGCCUCCAUGUUUGUCCUUGGUGAGGAGCCGCAGCAGACGCCGCCGGGCCCGAAGGCAGGGACGGUGAGCAUCCGGGUUGCAGUGCUGUUCUUUUGCCUCUUAACUUUUGUUAUUUGUGAGGAUGCGGGGAAGUCGCAGCCGCAGCAGAGCUCCACAGGGCCGACGCAGGGCCAGGCUGUGAGCAUCUGGACCUGA